GCUGACUGCACAGCAAAGCAGACAUAGCACUACACUACUGCUGUUUCUGAUAGGGAGCAGCACCAUGGGUGUUCUUUUGAAGUUUGGAACUCUGGUGUUGGUGCUCGCUGUGUGCCAGGGCUAUGAAGACAUCUGGGACUACGACGGCCACAAACUAAAAGAUACGGACCAUGUGUCUCUUUGGCCACUGCCACAAAAAGUACAGACGUCUGUAGUUGCUUUUAAAAUGAGCAGUUUGAAGUUCCAGAUUGUCCAUGCUCAGCAUUCGUCUGCUGGACCCAGCUGUAGUAUUCUGGAAACGGCAUUUCGCAGGUAUUUCGACUACAUCUUUGGCUACAUGAAGAAACAAGGCUAUAAGGAGCCGAAAAAGACGUUUGGUGAAGAAGUGUCGGAGCUUCAGGUUUGGAUCACAUCGAGUGAUUCCGAGUGCGACGGCUAUCCGGGUUUGAAAUCCGACGAGUCAUAUGAGCUGAGUGUGGAUCAGCCGUCAGCUGUGCUCAGAGCACCAAAGGUGUGGGGAGCCCUGAGAGGCCUUGAGACGUUCAGCCAGCUGGUGUAUGAAGAUGACUAUGGAAGUAAAAAUAUCAAUAAGACGGCAAUCUCUGACUUCCCCCGCUUCGCGCAUAGAGGAAUUCUUUUGGACACAUCUCGCCACUACCUGCCACUCAAAGUCAUCUUGGCCAAUCUGGAAGCCAUGGCCAUGAACAAGUUUAAUGUAUUCCACUGGCACAUUGUGGACGACCAGUCCUUCCCCUACAUGAGUCGCACUUUCCCCGAACUCAGCCAGCAGGGAGCCUUUCAGCCAUACACACAUGUGUACACCCCCUCCGAUGUAAAGAUGGUGAUCGAGUUUGCUCGCAUGAGGGGAAUCCGUGUCAUUCCCGAGUUUGAUACUCCGGGUCACACGCAGUCAUGGGGCAAAGGCCAGAAGGACCUGCUGACGCCAUGCUACUCCGGCAGCACCCCUAGUGGCUCGUACGGGCCAGUGAACCCCAUCCUCAACUCCACCUAUGAGUUCAUGGGCUCCUUCUUUAAGGAGAUCAGCUCCGUGUUUCCGGACGCCUACGUGCACCUGGGGGGAGACGAGGUCGACUUCUCCUGCUGGAAAUCUAAUCCUGAUAUCACAAAGUUCAUGGAGGAGCAAGGGUUUGGCACAGACUACAGCAAACUGGAGUCCUACUACAUCCAGAGAAUUCUGGACAUCGUGAGCACCACUAACAAAGGCUACAUGAUUUGGCAAGAGGUGUUUGAUAAUGGCGUGAAGCUGAAGGCAGACACACUGGUCCACGUGUGGAUCUGGUUUAGUUCGGGCGGCUACACACAGGAGCUGUCCCGUGUCACCGCCGCAGGAUACCAAACCCUCCUCUCCGCACCCUGGUAUCUGGACAUCAUCGAAUACAACCAGGACUGGCGCAAGUACUACAAUGCCGACCCCCACGGCUUCAACGGCACUGAGGAGCAGAAGAAGCUUGUGAUUGGUGGGGAGGCGUGUCUCUGGGGAGAGUAUGUGGAUGCCACCAACCUCACCCCCCGCCUCUGGCCCCGUGCCAGUGCUGUUGCUGAGAGGCUGUGGAGUGACCAGAGUGUGAAGGAUGUGAACGAGGCCUACAUCCGCCUGGUGCAGCACCGCUGCCGCAUGAUCGAACGUGGUAUCCCAGCUGAGCCCCUGUUUGUGGGAUACUGUCGCCAUGAGUACAAAGGCAGCCUAUGAGCUUGUGGCAUGCCUGCCUGGGACCUACAGAAAAGGGAAGAACGCCUCACCACAAUGGCUUUCAAACUACCGACCAAUCACAGAUGACCUCCAUUCACACACCGAGAACCCAUCCUAUGUCGUGCACUGAGCUGAUUUUUGUCUUUUUUUAUUGGAAAGAAUGUGUGUGUGUGUGUGCGCACGUGCGUGCUUGUGAGUGUUUCCAUGCUUUAGUAAUCUUGUGUGACUGAUCCAUCAUGUGGAGAGAGAGAGAGAGAGAGAGAUUAACUUUCACUAGCUGCUGGUUGAGUGAUUUCUACAGUCAGUUUUUUUUAUGUAUGAAUCAAAUCAGCUUUAUAUAAUUUGUAUUGCUGGGUAAGAUUUAUAGAACGUAGUUCUGACAUUCAGGAAUGUGAAUUGUGCAGGGUGUUUUAUGAAUGAUUUAAAACUGAUUGAAGUGA